GGAAGUGUCCGAGAUGAGAACAGGAGCUCGAGCCGAACACCUGUCAUGCGCGAGCAGUGACUGUUAUACUAUUGUACGAUACCUUGACCCAUCUGAACUCCUAGCGAAAAGACCCGCAGGGCGAUCCUGCCUGCGCGGCCUCAUUGUGAGUCGUACCGAGUGGACGAGCGAUUUGAAGGGAGAAAGUUGAGCAGAAGAAUGAAGAUGGAUGGAUGGAUGGAUGGAAGGAGAAAGUGGAAGGGAAGGUGCGGCAUAAAUAGUACUUGGCCGGCAGCAGCGGGGAAACAAAACCAACCCUGGUCGCUGAACCCCACCAUUCGCGACUCCAACUUGCUUCCUCUCCCUCACCGAGAACACAACAGGACCCCCACGAAAAUGAAGCCAGCAUCUGAUUGGAGAUCCUCUCACCGGACUGAUGUGCUCCUGGGACCUUUCCGGUUCUCGAGCAGCGACCACCUCAUCGUGAACUCUGUCCCUUCCUUCCCCCGCUCUGGACCCGCAGCGACUCCCGCCGGUACCAUGUUAAAUGACUCAACCCAGCGUGGUCGGCCAUGGCUGCACCCCAACCGGAUACCUCAAGUCCUGACUGGCGCGUCUAGAUCCUCUUGGGGAAGGAUCGGCUCCGGUCUACUGUUAGCUCGGCUUGCCUGCUGUCUCGGACCGCGUAGGGCUUUGCACCGGCAGCGCAUCAUCCCAUCUCAACCAAGGCUGCUUCUUGGCUACAUCGGCGGCACGCAGGAAUGAUAUUCUAUGAAUAUGAUCUUCGUCGUGCAUUGGACUAUCUCAACCUGGACCUACCCCAGUAGGUCCAAACAGAAGAUACAACUCGCUGGCUACAAGUAGAUGACAUAUGCAAAGAAGGAAUGGAACAAUGCAAGAAUGGAGAGAUUAGCUAACGCAAGUGAGCAAAGGCAAGGUGGGGCGCCAUGUGAAUAAGAAACUCGAUGGGCUAACUCAGCUCCCAUAACCCAUGGAUGAGCUGCUCUUGACUCGUGGGAUAAAUAUGACAGAGGCGGUUGACCAAAAGCAUGAUUCCGCAAAC